UAUCUUAACUAGUUUUGAUAAGGUAAUAAAGUAUUUUUUUCUUAAAGUUUUAAAAAAAAAAAAAAAAAAAAAAGCAAGCAGAAAGGGCUAUGCUAUUAUUGUCCUCAUAGUCCCCGGGGUGCCUUAAUGUGAAAUGAUGUACAUUUUGGAAAUUGAAAAACAAACUGGAAUAAAGAUUGAAAAGAAGAGGUCUUGUGUGAUUACGCAACAGUGUGACGUGAUUAAACGCUGCCCUUGUAUCCACAGGCGACCGGUAACCAUUUCUAAGGUGACUCUUUCAGGCGCCAUUGUGAUGAAUGUAGACUCACACCAGCUGCAUACGAGAGGCCACCUAGUCCCUUCUGGGUCUGGCUUGGGGGAUUGACAAAAAAAAAACAUAAUAUAUUCUUUCAAAUCUUCCUACAUGAAUCAUUUUUAGCUGAAAAUUUCCUCUCCGCUUGGCAGGAACCCAAGGCUGGAGAUAUUGAGGUAAGCCCUUUUGCUUGAGGAUUGCUUGCUAUAACUGAGCGAGGCUAAAUACAGAAAGCUUUGUGCUGUGCUGUUCUGUGCCAUGACUCUGUUUCCCUGCAACACCCACCGUGCACUUCUAAUCGAAAUUGCUGUGCGCAGCACAAACCUUCCAUUCAAGCGGAUCCCUGUUGCGUUUAAAGUGCUUCCUGGCUUGAAGUGUGCCUAUUUUCUGAUCCGCUUUAAUCAGGAGCCGUUGUCAUUUCCUGUCAUUUUGGCGUAUUGAGGUUUUUAUUCAUGGUCCGUUUUUGAAACCUGGGCUAAAUAAGAUUAGGCUUUGACCUUUAGAGAAUGACACUGCCAUCAUUUGGGCUAAUGUGAGAACUGCAUUACCUCACAGAGAACCUGUCUCCGUGACUCCAAAACGAUUUUUCCUUCUAUUUUUGUUUAUAUCAUAUCUCUCUCUAACUCGACCCUUUCUACUUAAAGGGAUACGAACAGUCUCCGUUCCUGCGUUCAGGGUUGGAUCUAAUUUGUUUCCGUCAGCACUUCUUCUUUUCUUUUUUUUUUUGUCGUCGCCCUUUUCUGCAUGCUCAGUUUACCCUCUCCUGCUGAGGAUCUGCCCUCUGAUUGGGUGACCGGAGGUGAGGCACGGAUAACAAACAGCUCUUGGGUUUCCCUUUAACCUAGAGUGAGAGUCUCAGUUCAGUGCACAUUAACUCCAGCCUGAGGAAUGAGGUCCUUACUGACAACCCAGAACCAGAACAGCUACCGUGAGCUGAUUAUGAAGGAGGCGUACACGCGGCUCAACUGGAAGAUGAAAUACGGCAAGGAUUAUCCCAUCAGAUUCGCCUCGCGCAAAUCCAAGAAUCCGACAGCUGCCCCUAAACUCACUCUGCCCCCUGUAGUCAAAGCUCCAGAGAAGAAGACGACGAUGAUGAAGAAGAAGGAGGAGGAAGCUUCAGUGCUACUCAGUGAAGCUCCUUUGAUGAGACCGGUCAGUCCUCAAUCCAGAGACACUCUUUAUAAUGGUUUAUCUAAAGAGGGCAAAGGACGCAGCCAGUACCUGAAGAGACGCACGCAGAAGAUGCCCGAAGAAAGGUUCGACUACCCGCUGUUGUCCUCGUGGGAGUACGGAUGGAGAUUAGGUGAUUAUGGACACGACUACAAAUCGCCAGUCAAUGGAAGAUCGGCCGUCGUCAGGAGCACUUUCUAUGCCAGGAAUGGUAUUUUUAAUAUCCCCUCUUCAACCGAUCACCUCGGGUGACCGACUUUCCCGGAAACGCCUGGAAUUAUCGCCACGGAAAUGAGCAUUAUCGACUGAAAUUUCCACACAAUUUCUAUCAGGCAUUUCUACUUCCUUAUGCAAAAUGUUAGCUGGAUUACAUUAGAAAAAAAAAAAUAAACGACACUAAACUUU